UUCAGCUAUAAAGAACAGACCUCAGGUGUACAUGACAGCUUUUUUAACCUGAAAAAUGGUCAACUUUAACUAUUAAUAUUUCGCUUCGCGAGGCAGAGCAAUACUUUUUUUCUGUCAGAUUCUUUCGUUUCAUGCAAAAACGCGUCGAAUGAGCAUAAAUUUAUAAAAAUUGGAGCACAGGCUUACAGUGCCAAAAACUGACCUAACCUGCUCUGACUCUGCACUAGUGAUGCCAGAAUUGACCAGAAUUGGGAAAAAUUGAGAUGAUGUUUCCAAAUAAUAAAAGUGAAAUCGAAAUGUUUUGAAAUAUUUAUUUAUGCUUCCUGAUUGUAGUUGUCGCAUCAAGUGUAGACUUUUAUUUUCUGUCCAGAGAUAAUUGUUUGUAAAGUUAACAAUGGAUCAAGUAUACCGGCUUUAUGACCGUCAAACAUUACCAAAGAUUUAUCUGAAGGAUUACUUUCAGCAAUACAGUGAAUUACUAAAAUCCUAUAUGUGUCAUAAAAUAGACGAGCAAAGUGAAGAAAAAGUUUUCCAACUUAUGGGCACAGAUCUUUCUCAAACGAGGACACUUUUAAUGACACAUUAUUGCAGUAUUGAUAAUUUAACAUUACCAACUGAAGCAGCCAAUACAGAAGAACGAGAAAAACAGGGGUGGGUUAAUAUGCCUGCAAAUAUUUUAAAUAAUACUUCAUUAGAAACAAUUAAAGUAUUAAAGAUACUGUCUGAGGAAGUCUCACUGAAGCCAAAGUUUCAAAAUGGAAUUCCAAUUAAUUUUAAAAAUGAUGACUCAAAAUUGAUCUGUGAUACCAAACUAGAUUCUAUGACACCACAUGAAGAAUUUUUAGUUUAUGUCAGAAUCUAUGAGCCAUUUCAAAGCCAGCCUCGUUCUAUGGGAUAUAAACCAUUUAACACACCACCAGUUCUUAAACUUAAAAAUGUCAUAUCCAUACCGGGAUGUCAAACUCUUUAUGAAUUACGUCGAAAGAUAGUAUGUCAAUCUGAUCUAUCAAUUGCAACAGAAAUUAGUGAAAAUCCAAAUCAAAAGCCUGGACCAACAGCAAAACAUAUCUAUAAAUCGGGAUUUUUUUAUAUAGAAGAUACUUUUUAUAAUGACACUAGUGCGUCAGCCAACAUUGAUUACAGCAGUGUCAUAUUAGAAUGGGCAGCAAUUCGCGGUAUAGGCCCAUUUAAAGUUGCAUCAAUGGAUGUUAAGAUAAAUUCUCUUUGCGCAAGAUUUGGUUUUCCAUGGGUGUAUCAGCAUCAAGGUUGUUGUGAACACUUAAUCGUACUGUCAGAUGCCAGGUUAGUGACUGUGGAUGAUAUUUUGACGUUGUCUGCUUAUCCAAAAAUAGAAAGAAUAAGACCUCUCUUUGGGAAAAAUUGCAUUAUGUGUGGAAUACUCAAUGUACAUUGGAUUAUAACAGAACAUGACAGAAUUCCACAUGAUAUAAGUUAUUUCUGUAAUAAAUGUUUCAAAUCUUAUAAUUAUGUUGACAGUAAAAAAGUAGGAAACUUUAAAGCGUAUAAUUAUCCUUGUAUGCCAGAAUUAUUGUCUGUAAGAAAAUGCAGCAAUAUCUAGUCGUCUCUCUUCUAUUUAUU